AUGCAGAAACAAAGCAAUUCAAGAGGAACCUCGUCCAGAUGGCUCCCUGGAGGAAGAAGACUACUUGCAUUGCUAUGCCCUCUCUUGCUUCUUUGCACCUUCACCAUCUUUAGUUUGAGCUCCAACAUCUCUUAUCCUGGCUUGCUUUUUGCAGCCAAAGAUGUCUGCAAUGGUGAACCGGCUUUGCUGCCUUCUUCAUCUUCUUCUUUACUCCAUUCCCAAAUUUUCGGCUUGCAGGCUCAGGUGGGAGUGCUCCUGCAGCAACUUCACAACGAUAGCCUAACAGGAUCCAAGACUUUAUUAGCGUUCGCGGAUCAACUUCUUUCCAUAGCGGUUUCUCUGGACAAGGUUGCAGGCAGUAUUUCAAACCCAUCGGGCAGCUCACAUGCUGCUACUGAAAUGAGCCAAGUUGAUGAAGAUCUCACUGAAUCCACCGACGAUGAAAAUGAAGACGAGUCAACAGGAAGAGUAAAGUCAUUCACUUCACGUCAGGUUCAUAACUACAUAUCUCCAAAACCAAACAGGCAAAAUGGUAAGAAGAACUUCCUUGGAAUGGAAGCAAUCACCCCUGCAGUAGGGUUUGGCUGUGCCCAUAUGGCCACACAUCUAGACCGUUUCGUGAGCUACAAGAUGUACGAGAUGUGCCCAGAUGAUUGGGAUGUAGCUCAACGGCUGAUCCUCAAUGGACGUGACUCGCUUCCAAGAAGAUUGUGCUUCUCAAGGGCAUCCCCAAGCUAUACCAAGUUACCAACCCGAUUCCACUGA